CCCUUUGCCCAGGUCCCGGCUGACAUUGGCGGCUUUGGUCGCUUCCAAGUACAGCUGCUGAUACUGCUGAGUGUCCCCAACUUCCUGACUGCCUUCUGCAUGUUCACCCAGGUCUUCAUGGUCCUGGAUGAGGCCCACCACUGUUCAGUGGCCUGGGUCAAGAACCAGACUCUGACCCUGAGCGCUGCUGAGCAGCCGGUGCUGAGCGUGCCUGUGGAUGCUGCAGGCAGCCCUGAGCCCUGCCUCCUGUUCCAGCCACCCCCCGACGGUGCCAGCCUGGAGGACAUCCUCAGCCACAGCUUCAGUGAGACACAACCUUGCAAGACGGGCUGCGUCUAUCGCAGGAGGCCCCCAUCCCUAAAGAAUGAGCUGAACCUGGUCUGUGGUCGGAAGCCGAAGGACACCUCCCAGUUGGUGGACCUGGCUCGGCUUCUCACUGGGGCGCUCAUCGUCGGGCCCCUCUGUGACUGGAUUGGCCGCAAGGCCACUAUCCUGGUGCAGCUGCUACUCUUCACCAUCCUUGGCAUGGCCGCAGCCUUUGUGCCCGGCUUUGAGCUCUACAUGGCCCUGAGCUUUGCUGUGGCCACUGCCGUCGUUGGGUGUAACUUCAGCAGCGUCACCCUACGUGGGUAUCUGGGCCCCCUGCCAUCAGCCACAAAGCGAAGCCUUGAGGUCUGGGUGGCCACGCUCCCAUGCUGCCUGUGGGGCCCACUCAACUCCCCGCACCUAACGUGA